ACAUGCUACUUAUAAACUACAAAUAUUUGAAGAAACAUUACAUUGGAGUUAUGAUCGCUUUACACUUUUUUCCUAUCGUGUUUGCAUUUCUUCAAUCACACAUCUAUCCGAGGCAAUCAAAGAAUCUAAUCUUCCAGAAAUUGAGGAGAGAGAGAUAAGACAUCCGGACAUUCGUACGACAUCACCAAUAAUAGAGGAGGAGAUCAUGAAAACUCCAUCUCAUCAUCACUCAAUGCUAUACGUGUUAAGCCUUCUUCUGUGUUUUGCAGCUUUCUUCAUUGUAAAUACUGAUGCUAGAAAAUUAAGUUCAGAGGACAUUAGUGAAUCAUCAGAAAUCAAUGGCUUGAGGCGCUUCGACGUGUAUUUACCUUCAGAGGAUUCGUCCAAUUCAGGACCAUAUGGUGUCAGUUCUCCCUUCAAUUUGCCACCUUAUGAUUCUCUUCCUCCAGUUCCAGAUACCCCUCCUUUCUGUCUUAAUCCACCUUCACCUUUCACUCUUCAACCUCCACCCAGUGGCAGUUCUAGUAGUGGAGGAGGCCCAAUUGUAAAUCUACCUCCAACCCCAUCAUCCACUAUCAUCCCUACCCCACCCCAACAAUAUCUUCCUCCUAUAAUCAUUCCCAACCCACCCCAAUAUUAUGAACCUAGUCCUCCCACAACAACUGUUCCAACCCCAACAGGACCCAUUUUCAGCCCACCUUAUUAUUACGAGCCCAGUCCACCAAGUUAUUAUGAUCCAAUUAGCCCACCCACUGGGCUUUUUCUUCCACCAGUGAUUUAUCCACCUCCGGCGGUGCCUCCACCGCCGCACAUAGCGCCGACCACGGCUCUAUGGUGUGUGGCAAAGCCGUCAGUGCCAGACCCAAUCAUUCAAGAAGCCAUGAAUUAUGCAUGUUCAUCUGGAGCAGACUGUGACCAGAUUAAUCCCAGUGGAUCAUGCUUUCAGCCCAAUACUUUAUUUGCACACGCCUCUUAUGCCUUCAAUAGUUACUGGCAGAGAACUAAGGUGGCUGGUGGCACUUGUGAAUUUGGUGGCACGGCCAUGCUUGUCACUGUCGAUCCUAGUUAUGAUGGAUGCCAAUUCAACUUUAACUGAAUGGAUGAUUUGAUUUUUUGUUGUUUCAUACUACGAGGAGUUCAAGAAAAGGAGAUCACACCCAUCCGAAAUUUUGUAAUUUUGAACACGAUUUUCAGGUGGAUGCAUGCCAGAGUGUGGAUUACGUACUCCAAUUAUAUUCCGUCUAGGAUUAGAAACAACACGUCUUUCCUUGACGUAUACCUCUCUCUUCUUAUAGUAAUUUGAAAUUGAAAAUGGAAAUGUAAUUGCAAAUAUCAUUAAUGGGAUUUAACAUUAUCUUGAUU